AAGCUCCUUUGCUCCACCCUCUGCCCUGCAUGCUGGCUGAGUGUAUCUAGGAUUUGCUGAACCAUUGCUGCCAGAAUUGGCAUGCUGAUCCUUGCAGCUGCUCGGCAGAAGCUGGACCUCUGGCAUGAUGCUUUCCUCCUAUGAGCCCUGGACAGCCUUCUUCAUGCUCUUCUUCACCACUGUGCUCCAGUGCUCCUGUUCUGCAGCAGCUGGAGUCUCCAACAUAUCAACAAGCACCAUGCACACAGCCGAGUAUGAACCAUCAUGUCUUAAGGUGGACUUCUGCACACUAGCAGCAGUGUGUUGUCCAACUGGUGUGGAUGAUUACGGAUGGAUUGCAGCAGCUGUUGGCUGGAGCCUCUGGUUUCUGACCCUCAUUCUGCUCUGCGUGGAGAAGGUCAUGAAACUCCGGCCUGAUGAGCCCAAAUAUUUGGUAGCCUGAAGCAGGGCAAGUCAGCGAGCAGCAGUGAGGUUCAGACAGACUGACAAAGCAUUUCAAUCAAUUCCUGAGAAACAGAAAAGAAGAACUUGCCUUCAGCUAAAAGAAGUCCACACGUAAGUGAAAUAUGUGCUGCGGCUUCGUCCCUUCUGGAAUGCUAGAGCUGCUGGUCCAAGCUGGCCACCACCAUGCCCACUAAUCAUGUCACUCAGUGCCACAUCCACACAUUUCUUGAACACCUCCAGGGAUGGUGACUCUACCACUCCAUCAUUUCCCUGAGCCCAAACCUGUCCUGAAGGUACAAUCAGACCCUGAAGGUCCUGGUAUUAGACUCCCUGCCCUGAGACAACCCAGAACAGCCUUGGAAUUUGAAAGAGCAUUGGGCUGGUUUCUGAAGGAUCAACAUCAUGAGAUUCAGAACUAAGCUGUGGGCCAGGCUAUAUCACUAAAAGAAUGCAACUCAUUGGUUAUACUGAGUAACUUCUGUUUACUAAACCAAAGUGUUUACUGACACCAAGAGAAAUUCUGUUUUGGAAACUUGAGGCUUGUUUGGGCUGGUUCAAAAUUAGAACAAAUUAUUCCACUGCAAUGUAUAAGUGAAUUGCUUUGUGGGAGGUUAACAUAUUGGUUUUAUCUACUUGGCUUGCACCUGUCUAUAUAAUUAAGACAUGCUACACCAUUGCAAAUGGGUUUUAAACCAGUAUAUCCAACUCAGGCACAACACUGGUCCUAUUUAUGUAAGAUGAUAAUAAACACUCUUCUCCA